AUUUAAUAUCAGUUACCAGAGCAACUAUUUAUUGAAGCUUCAAAAAGUUCAAAAUCCUCUCAAUUUUGAUGUUUGAUCAAUAUAAGGAUUCAAUAUAGUAGUGAAACGGUUAUUAAAAAAAAUGGAUAGUAUAUUAUUGCCCUCCGAAAUUGAAACCUACAUUGACACUAUGAAGCCUCAAAAAAUGAAGGAUCUUGGCACCAUACAUUGGUUCGACUGGCAUCAUAGAUUGCAGAAACUGAAUCAAGAAGCCCUAAUCGAAGCAUCACUCUUGAAAGAGGAACAUGUAAAAGAAUCCUUGGUCACUUUCGGCAAACUGAACAUCUUGACUCAUGAAGCUAUACUCAUAAACAUUUGGAAAUACAAAGUCCUACCUAUUCUUACCAGCCUGGAACCGUGCCCUGAAAGCACUUUCAUAGUCUACUCCAUUUUAUACCAUGAGGCAGUUUGUGUUGCUCUACUAGAACUCGUUCUCUACCACCCAAACUGCUGUGAAGCCCUGGAAGACACCGCUGGCGAUUUGCUGGAAUACGCGACUAGUAACGUGUCUCAGUUGCUAUCGGUCAAAUCAACCGAGCCUGGUAGAAAUGAAAGUGCUUCUGAAGAAAUCAGUAGGCAGAAAAACAACUUAACUUUCGAUAUCGGGAUAAGAUCCUUGUCCAUCACAAGAUACAUCUGUGAAAACCUCGAAUCGCUGCCUGUCAGUAUUCGCUCAAAGAUUUACACGGAGUAUGAUAUACCCGUGCUGUUUACUGAGAUCAUGUUGGCUAAACCUUGGGCAAAGGAUGGAAAGCUUUAUUCAGGGGGAUCUUGGAAAGAUUGGGACAAUGAACAAUUAGGACAGUGUGAGGCUCAGGUAUGGCUUACUUUGAGACAACUGCUUCUGGACCCUGAAUGUCAAAGUUACUACUCUCUAACAGAGAACAGAAGCAAACAACUUGCAAAAUUACUACCGUUAAUGAAGCCAAUUCUGCUGGACCAAUUGUCUCCUCUUAUGGAGCUAAACCAUUGGUUGUGCAGGAUGAAUAUGAUGGAACAGAAUGCUGCUCCCCCAAAAGCUCUUCUGAUCGAGACCAUUUUAGAGAUAAAAGACAGUAUAUUAAAGGAAACUGGUGGAAAGUGGAGAAAAAUGGCAACCAACCAGCUGCCCACAGUUUUUACAACUGAUAAGAGUUUGCUUACCAAUAUUGCAACUAAGUUGAGCGAAUCAUACAAUACAGAACUUUUGGAAAAAUUUGGAGCUGAAAGUCAAACAAAAUGCAUUAAAUGUGACAAAGAAGCCAUUCAGAGGUGUUCCCAUUGCCAUAAGGCUUGGUACUGCAGCAGGACAUGUCAAAUUGACCAUUGGACAGAACACAAGCCUCAGUGUUUACCCUAAUUCUAAUUUAGGAAUGUUUUUUAGAGGAAUAAUAUGAAAUAAAUGCUUGG